AUGGCUGACGACGACAACUUCGACAUCGACAUCUACGGCGACGACUCGUACCAAGAGUCGAGCGCGCAAGACACAGCACUCCCCGAUGCCAGCGCGACGAACACAGACGCAAACAGUGGCGAAAACACAGCACCUUCAGAGGCCAAGGCGGGGGACAAUAAUGCAGCAAGCAAGCAAGAGGCUACGGACACCGCGGCAAACGAUGGCGCACAGCAAGACAGCACAGUGCAGCAGAUCUCAAGUACUGGUGGCUCCGGUCACGAUGUCCAUAGGCAGGCACCACAGCAACAAGGCACCAAGCGCAAACAAGGGGAAGAUGAUGACCGCCCGACCGACCCAGGCGCGACAGCAGCGUUGAUGAUCAACGAUCUGAACUGGUGGAUCAGCGAGGAGGACAUUCGCGGAUGGGCAAACCAGAGUGGAUGCGAGGACGAGCUGAAUGAGGUCACUUUCAACGAGCACAAGGUCAAUGGCAAGAGCAAAGGCCAAGUAUACGUACAACUGCAGUCACCACAGGCUGCGACGGCCCUGAAACACCAAGUCGAUCAGCUCUUCAAAGAUCAAGCGCAUACGAAGAAACCCACGGCUAUCUUCAACCCUCCGCAUCACAACCCUUUCAAGACCCUUCCCAAAGAUGUCCCUGCGCGCGACAAGAACCGUAAUGACCAGCAACCUGGAGGCUUCAACAACCGUGGUGGUGGCAACUUCAACCGUUUCAAUAACAACAGAGGCAACUUCAACAACAGGGGCGGCAGCAUGGGCUACCAGAACCGUAAUUUCUCUUCGCCAGCCAGUGGCAACAUGGGUGGCCAAAUGGGAGGCUACGGCGGCCAAGGUGGCAUGCAAAACUUUGGUGGCAACCCUAUGAUGGGUGGUGGAAACAACUUUGGAGGCGGCUUCAACCGCGGCGGCAACAUGAUGGGCGGCGCCAUGCGUGGAGGCAUGAACAACCGUGGAGGCCGGGGCGGAAUGGGUAUGAACAACAUGGGUGGGGGCGGUAUGCAGAUGCCGAUGGGCGGCAACAUGAUGAUGGGAGGGGGUAUGAUGGGUGGUGGCAUGAACAUGUCAAUGAUGAAUGGAAUGGGAGGUGCAGGUUUCGGCGGCCAACCACAGUUCAACCCAGGAUUCUUCCCGAAUCAGCAACAGCAACAACAAGGAGGCAAUGACCAUUUCAACCCUCACGGGGCUAAGCGGCCUCGACCUGAGUAG